AUGGAGAAAAUUAAAGAAAAUAGAGAAAACAUGAGGAAUGUGGAUCUGAAUGUAGCGUGUUUAUUGAACGGUGAAUCAAGUGGAUCACAAGGAAGUGUUGCUUCAAGUUUGACUGAUCUUGAAACCCAACAACCACCUACUCAAUGGGAAAGUGCUCAAGAAUUCAGAGAGAAGCUGAGGUACUUCUUGCACAACAUGCCUUGUGUUGUUUAUGACUCACCAAAUGGAAAGAAGACUAAAGGAUACUUAUUAUACUCGUCUGUGAGGAGAGAAGAUCUGAAGAUAGUUUGUAGUUGUCUAACCCCCACUGAAUUUGUGAAACAUGGUGGUGGAGGUGACAUUGAAAACCCUUUAAAAUAUAUAGAUAUAGUUCUUGCCUGA